AUGGUGAAUGAAAAGGUUAAACAAACCUACUGUGUGAUAGGAGCCGGUACGGCAGGUCUUUGUGCUGCGCGUCACGCACUACAAGCAGACGGGCUCGUAACCGUGUUCGAGAUGGGCAAACAGCUUGGCGGCACUUGGGUGUUUAGCGAAGAGACAGGCAAGAAUGAAUACGGCAUCGAUGUACACUCGAGUAUGUACAAAGGGCUGAAGACGAAUCUGCCCAAGGAAAUCAUGGGCUAUCCUGACUUCCCCAUACCGGAACAGGAAAGCUCGUACAUCCCGGCGGAGGAAAUGCUACAUUUCUUCCAACAGUUUGCCGAAUCAUUCGGUAUCUUGGAGCACAUUCGCUUCAGCCACUACGUGGUACGGGUGAAGCCAACCAUCGACGAGAAAGGAUGGGAAGUGAUUGUGCGAGAUUGCCCGAAUGAUCGGUUGGUGACGUACACGUUUGACUAUGUGCUCAUUUGCAACGGACACUACCAUACGCCGAACUUGCCCAAGUAUCCCGGUAUGAAUGGUUUCCGCGGAAAGCAGAUGCACAGUCACGACUACCGAAGCAAUGAAACAUUCGAAGGGGAAACAGUGCUUGUCAUCGGGGCAGGCCCGUCUGGAAUGGAUAUGGCAUAUGAGAUCUCCAAGAAAGCAGUUCGCGUUACUCUAAGCCACCAUCUGAAGGAUAAGCCCCAAACGGUGUUCCCGGACAACGUUACACUGAAACCAGACGUAGUGCGUAUUACCGAAACUGGUGUACAAUAUGCGGACGGUACCAGCCAAGACUUCAGUGUCAUUUGUUACAGCACCGGUUACAAGUACACCUUCCCGUUUCUGAGUGUCGAUUGCGGGAUCACGGUUGAAGACAACUACGUGCAGCCGCUGUACAAACACUGCAUCAACAUUCGCUAUCCCACGAUGGCUUUCAUCGGACUUCCGUUCUAUGUGUGUGCGGCUCAGAUGAUGGAUCUGCAGGCACGAUUUUGCCUAAAGUUCUUUAGCGGCGGAAAAGCGUUACCAACGCGGGAGGAGAUGAGUGCCGAUACGAUGGCUGAGAUGGAGGAACGUUGGAAGCGUGGUUUGAAGAAACGGCAAGCACACAUGAUGGGUCCGGUGGAGGAUCGCUAUUACGAUGAUCUGGCACAGACGGCGGACAUUGAACCAAUCAAACCGGUGAUCAAGAAGCUGCAUAAGAUCAGUGCAAUGCGCUUCUCGGAAGAUUUGGUAAAUUUUCGAAACGAUAAGUUCCGGAUAGUGGACGAUGAAACGUUCGUGAAGAUUAACUAG